UCAUGGCGGCCUUUCAAGAAAACAUCCAACAGAAUGAAGAUAGGGACGGUGUACGGUUUUCGUGGAACGUAUGGCCAUCAAGUAGACUGGAAGCCACUAGGCUUGUUGUCAACCUUGCGUGUUUGUAUACUCCGCUCAAGGAAAAACCAGACUUGCCAGCAAUUACAUACGACCCAGUAAUGUGCUCUCAUGGAAAUUGUAAAGCUAUCCUAAACCCAUUAUGCCAAGUUGACUACAGAGGAAAAUUAUGGCUUUGUAAUUUCUGCUUUCAAAGAAAUCCAUUUCCACCCCAAUAUGCUGAAAUUUCAGAAGUAAACACUCCAGCUGAGUUACAUGCACAAUUCUCAACUAUUGAGUAUACUCUUACGAGAUCACAAACUUUACCACCCAUCUUCCUUUUGGUGGUUGAUACCUGUGUGGAUGAGGAUGAGCUUAUGUUUUUGAAAGAAUCGCUGCAGAUGGCUUUAUCUCUGUUGCCACCAAAUGCUUUGUUUGGACUAAUUACAUUUGGCAAAGAAGUUAAGUAUGUUCAUGAACUUGAUUGUGAUGGAAUUAAGGAAGAGCACAUUUUCCCUGGCACUAAGGAUUUCUCAGCUCAACAAGUACAGGAGAUUCUGGAUCUAGAAACAGGUGGUGGCAGCCAGUCCGUUCUUCCAUCGAGCCGUUUCUUGCAGCCAGUGCACAAAUGCGACGUGUAUUUAACUGAUCUUUUGGGAGAGCUGCAGCGUGACCCUUGGCCUGUUGCACAAGGCAAACGUCCUCUGCGCUCAACUGGUUCAGCUCUAUUUGCUGUUGGUCUGCUGGAAUGUACAUUCCCGAACACCGGCGCCCGUAUCAUGCUGUUUGCUGGAGGUGCUUGUUCUCAGGGGCCAGGCAUGGUUCUCAACGAUGACUUGAAACAACCGAUUCGUUCACAUCACGACAUCGACAAAGAUAACGCGAAAUUCAUGAAAAAAGCCAUGAAGCACUACGAGGCGUUGGCCAGUCGUGCCUGUACUAACGGGCACGCGAUUGACAUAUACGCUUGUGCACUCGAUCAAACUGGAUUGCUUGAAAUGAAGUCUUGUUGUAACACUACCGGUGGCCAUUUGGUGAUGGGUGACUCGUUCGGCUCAUCGCUCUUCAAGCAGACGUUUCAGCGUGUUUUUGCCAAGGACGCCCGUAAUGAGUACAAGAUGGCCUUCAACGCUCUAAUGGAAGUGAAAACGUCACGCGAACUCAAAGUUUGCGGCGCGAUUGGUCCUUGUAUCUCAAUGAACGUUAAAGGCCCCAACGUAUCGGAAACGGAACUUGGCAUUGGCGGCACUUCGCAAUGGAAGUUUUGCGCUCUAGGAACCAAUACGACACCGGCCGUGUUCUUUGAAGUCGUCCAUCAGGACGGGGCACAUAUUCCACGCGGAGGCCAAGGACACAUUCAAUUUAUCACGCAGUAUCAGCCCUCGAACGGCCAAAAGUGUAUUCGAGUAACAACAGUCGCUCGUAACUGGGUCGAUGCCUCUACGAAUUUACCCAACAUUACGGCCGGCUUCGACCAGGAAGCGACUGCCGUCCUAAUGGCUCGCCUUGCCGCUUUCCGCGCUGAUUCUGGUGAAGGACGUGAUGUACUUCCUUGGCUCGACUGCAUGCUUAUUCGCUUGUGUCAGAAAUUCGGUGGAUAUUCUAAAGACGAUCCCAGCAGCUUUAAUAUUGCAGAGAACUUCGCCCUUUAUGUUCAAUACAUGUUCCAUCUUCGAAGAUCACAAUUUUUGCAGGUUUUCAACAAUAGCCCGGAUGAAACCACAUAUUACAGGCAUAUGCUCAAUCGUGAAGAUCUGAGGCAGGUCCUCAUCAUGGUUCAGCCCAUUUUGUACAGCUAUAGUUUCCACGGUCCACCCGAACCGGUACUGUUGGAUUCAUCGUCUAUCCAGCCCGAACGCAUUUUGCUAAUGGAUACAUUUUUCCAGAUUGUCAUUUACCAUGGCGAGACGAUCGCCCAAUGGCGAGCGUCAGGCUAUCCAAACUCCCCGGAAUACAAAGACUUUAAGCAGUUGUUGCAAGCCCCGAUCGAUGACGCCCAAGAUAUUUUGCAAUCACGGUUCCCGAUGCCGCGUUACAUUGACACGGAGCAUGGAGGCCCACAAGCACAUUUCCUCCUUUCCAAAGUCAAUCCAUUGCAAACUCACAACAGCAAGUUCUCAUACGACGGGGAUGAAGGGGCUCCACUAUUCCCAGAUGACGUCAGCUUGCAGGUCUUCAUGGAACAUUUGAAGAAAUUGGUCUGCUCAUCAACAGCUUAAAAUAUGAAACCUAGAACGAAACUGAAAUACCCAUUCUAGAAAAGAAGGAAAUGAAUAAAACAAAAAUGAAUAGAUUGUAUAAUGAGAAAAAAAUGUAUGCGUUAUCGACGAGCAGGUCUGAAGACUUCUCAUUGUUUCGGUUAAAAAUAAUUUUUUUGUCCGUUUAAAAUUGCCGCUACUCAGCUUGUAUCCGUC